AUGCCAACGAAUGGGAUCCACCAGGUCCUGAAGAUCCAGUUUGGGUUGAUCAACUGUGAGAGCCGGUACCUGACAGCGGAGAGUUUCGGCUACAAGGUGAACGCCUCGGCGCCCAGCCUGAAGCGCAAACAGAUCUGGACGCUGGAGCAGGAUGAAGCCGACAGCUCCGUUGUCUUCCUCAAGAGCCACCUGGGCCGGUACCUGGGUGCCGACAAAGAUGGGAAGGUGCGGUGCGAGGCUGAGCAGCCGGGCCGGGAUGAACGGUUCAGCAUCAUCACGCAGUCGGACGGGCGCUGGGCGCUGCAGUCGGCCCCGCACCGGCGCUUCUUCGGGGGGCGGCAGGAUCAGCUCUCCUGCUUUGCCCCCAGCGUGACGGAAGGGGAGCUCUGGACCGUGCACUUGGCCAUGCACCCCCAGGCCAACCUGCUGAGCAUCAGCCGCCGCCGCUACGCCCACCUCAGCGCCCAGGAGGAUGAAAUUGCCACCGACAGCAACCUGCCCUGGGGGGUGGAUGCUCUCAUCACCCUCUGCUUCCAGGACAAGAAGUACAGCCUGCGCACGGCCGACGAGCGCUACCUGCGCUGCGACGGGGCCCUGGUGCCCGAGCCCGGCGCUGGCACCGGGUACACCCUCGAGUUCAAGGCUGGCAAGUUGGCUUUCAAGGACUGCGACGGCAAAUACCUGGCACCCACCGGACCCACCGGCACCCUCAAAUCUGGCCGCAGCUCCAAGCCAGGCAAGGAUGAACUCUUUGACCUGGAGGAGAGUCACCCCCAGGUGGUCUUCACGGCUGCCAAUGGAAGAUACGUCUCUAUCCGGCAGGGCGUCAACGUUUCGGCGAACCAGGAUGAGGAGCUGAACCACGAGACCUUCCAACUCCAGAUCGACCGUGACACCAACAAGUGCAGCCUGCACACCGACACCGGCAGCUACUGGACCCUGGUGGCCCAUGGGGGUAUCCAGGCUGUGGCCACUGAAGUUGCUGCCAACACCAUGUUUGACAUCGAGUGGCGCGGGCGGCGUGUGGCCCUGCGCGCCAGCAACGGCCGCUAUGUCUGCACCAAGAGGAACGGGCAGCUGGCAGCCGUCAGUGACACUGUGGGGGAGGACGAGGAGUUCACCCUGAAGCUGAUCAACCGCCCGAUGCUGGUGCUGCGGGGUGAGCAUGGCUUCGUCUGCUACCACCGCGGCUCCAACCUGCUCGACUCCAACCGCUCUGUCUACGACGUUUUCCACAUCAGCUUCAGUGACGGCGCCUACCAGAUCCAAGGCCAGGGGGGCAAGUUCUGGUAUGUGGCGAGCAGCGGGUCGGUGUGCAGCGAUGGGGACCUCUCCGAGGAUUUCUUCUUCGAGUUCCGGGAGCGUGGCCGUGUUGCCAUCAAAGCCAAGAACGGCCGGUACCUGCGCGGGGACCCGGCCGGCACCCUGCGGGCUGACAGCGAGUCUGUGCUGCGGGCCACGCUCUGGGAGUACUAACCUGCCUGGCACCAGCCCCUCACCACCACGGUGUCCCCAACGGGGGACG